GGUUAAACACUGCCUUACCUCCACUCCCGAGGUCCGAUCGGCGCUGAUUCAAUGUGUGAGAAGGGAAUUUUUGUCGCAAGUGUAAAAGAUAAAGAAACAGAACUCACAGACUCCACCCACAGACGGGAUGUCUGCGAUGCCUGCGCAGUCCCUCCCCUUGGAGGUUUUGAACAACACCAUCGGUGCCCUUGAGGCCGGUGGCAUGAUAGCAUGUGUGUUCAUGGGUAUCGUCACCAUCCAGGUUUACUAUUAUUAUUCAAGAUUUCCGAACGACCAUGUUGCAUUGAAGUCAAUGGUCGCAUUCAUAUGGAUUUGCGAACUAGGCCAUUCGAUCUGCAUCAGCCAUGCCAUUUACUUUGUUACGGUCGUUUCCUGGUCUGAUCCGCAAAUCCUCAUUGUUCCGCCCAAAACCCUUUCCACUGCUAUCUUGUUCAGCGCUCUUUCGACACCGCUUAUCCAAAGUUUUCUUGCCUAUCGCAUCAAAGGAGUUGGGAGGACAUGGACGAUAACCAUCAUAUGCUGGCUACUGUCUGUCGUUCGAAGCAUCAUGGCCAUCAUAUCCUUUGCAGCAGGAAUCAACAUGGUAUCGCUUCAGAUUUAUCUCAAGAAUUGGGAGUGGUCCAUCCUGGCUACCACAGUGAUAGGUGCUGCGAACGACCUUUUGAUAGCGGUGUCGUUAAUUUGGGUCCUCCUACGGCAACGCGAUAUGACGACCUCGAAGAGUACGCUUACUAUCAUAGACACCCUCAUUCGUUGGACACUACAAACCGGGCUUUUGACGAGUAUGGGAGGGAUUCUCAUGAUGAUCCUCUUUCUGGUCAUGCGGGAUAAUUUUAUCUGGCUAUCUGUCUUCACGUUCUUGGCUAAAUUAUAUUCAAACUCACUAAUGGCGGUCUUGAAUGGCCGUGAGUCCCUGAGGGAGAAAGGCGGUACAGUCGUCGAACUGUAUCCUACGAGUGGGUAUACUGCGGAUUCUACGUUCGAUGAAAGGAUUAAUAACCGGCAACACGUCGAGUCAGAAAUUGCAUUUAUGGACACAGGUCGCAAAAGGUCCUCUUCCGGUGAGCCUGGUAGUGUGGACCAUACUGCCGCUAUCGUGAUUUCCCGGGAGGUAAACAUAAGCUGAUUUACUACCCGACGGAGUCGGUAUCUCGAGUUUUCUCCUAUCUUUCAUGCCGAAUGAGUUCUCGAUGGUCGGAAGGCUUUGUGGCGCUUCUGGCGAUGUACUUAACACUUAAUAUCCGCCCAACGACCUGUGUUAUUACGGACAUGACUCGGAGUACGGUGAACUCGAAUGGCAUGGCAGAGGAUCUGCCCAUGGGGAGCCUUACCUUACACAAGCCUAACCGUAAUAUAUACAGUUCGUCGGUAGCGUUUAGUAGGCUAUCAUCGAACACAAUUAUACUAUCCCGAAAGUAUUACAAGGCAUUGCAGAUUUCGGC